AUGGCGGAUGCAUUGCUUGGCUCCACGGUACAAGUUCUAGUGGAGAAGGCAAUAAACUUGGCUUCAGAACAAAUUGCCCUGUUUGUAGGCUUCAAGAAAGAUUUGGAGAAGCUGAAGACAACGUUGACUCGAAUCCAGGCUGUCCUUCAUGAUGCAGAGAAAAAACAGGUGACUGAAGAGUCUGUGAAACUUUGGUUGAGGGAGCUUGAAGCUGUGGCUUUCGAUGUUGGUAAUCUGCUGGAUGACAUCAACUAUGAAAUGCUCCGACGCAAAGUUGAGCUCCAAAACCAAAUGAAGAGGAAGGUAUGCUUCUUCUUCUCACUCUCCAAUCCAAUUGCAUUUCGUUGCAAAAUGGCCAACAAAAUUCAGAAAAUCAAUAUGGAUUUGAAAAGAAUCAAUGAAGAAGCAAGGAACUUUAGCCUCCAGUCACAGACUGCACCUGCUCUUUCUCCUUCCAGUGAAGCACGAUUUAUAAAGAACAGAGAGACUGACUCUGUUACUAUUGAUGCGAGUUUCGUUGGAAGAGAUAAUGAUGUCUCAGCAAUAAUAACACAAUUGACUGCCACGAAUAAUAAUGAAACUAUAUCCGUUCUCCCUAUAGUAGGGAUGGGCGGUAUCGGGAAGACCACCUUGGCUCGAAAAGUUUUCAACGAUCCAAAUAUUGAAAAACAUUUUGACAAGAGAAUAUGGGUGUGUGUUUCGGAGGAUUUCAUUGCCAAUAGGCUGUUUGGAAUGAUUCUACAAUCACUGCAAGGUCGAGAGCCUGAAGCUAAGGGUAGGGAAGCCAGAGUCAAUAGGCUAAAGGAAUUAUUGGAUGGUAAAAAUUACCUGCUGGUCCUGGAUGAUGUGUGGAAUAAGGAGUCCACGCUGUGGAAUGAUUUUCUUGGGUCUCUGAAAGGUACUAGCCAAGCCAUGGGGAGUUGGAUUCUUGUGACCACUCGUGAGCAACAGGUGGUAGACAUCACCAGAAUUUCUUCUCCUCAGGGUUAUUCCUUGAAACAAUUAUCAGAUGAUCAAUGUUGGCGCAUUCUCAAAGAAAAUGCAUUUGGUGCUGGGGAAGUGCCUGAUGGGCUGCAAGAUAUAGGGUUGAAGAUUGCGCACAAAUGCAGAGGCUUGCCAUUGGCUGCAAGUGUUCUCGGUGGCGUGUUGCGCAAUAGGGGACCAGAUGAAUGGCAAAACUUAGAGAGUGGGCUUCAAAGUUUAGGUGGAGGUGAAAACAGGGACGUUAUCGAAAUUUUGAAAUUGAGCUUCUACCAUCUUCCGUAUCCAUCUCUUAAAAAGUGUUUUGCAUAUUGUUCAAUUUUUCCCAAGGAUUUUGAAAUGAAAAGGAAUCAAUAUCCCAACUUUGGGCUGCAGAAGGAUUCUUCAUCCAAUCCAAGAAACGAUAUGCAUGUUUGGAGGAAGUCUUCAUCCCAAAUCCAAGAACGAUUGCAUGUGGAGAAGUUUGGAACAGGUAUUUACCAUUUGAUAGCUAAACUUAUUUAA